GAAUAAAAUGUAUAGACCCGUGGUGCGUAUAGGUAAUUGGUUCGAAGAUAUAUGUCUUGAAACGGAUAAAAUCGUGCAAUUUAAACUUUCACGUGAUCGCGGCGAGUUAUUGGUUGAGAAAACUCGUCAUCUAUUUGAUAAUUUUCACAAGGAAAUCAAUUUGGAAGCACCGAAGGAGAAUAUACGCUUUGGUGCCGUAGUACAAUUGAUGCCAGUUGACUUGCAUGUCUGCGAAUAUUCUUCAUCGGAUAUUCAUCCGGCACUUUCGGUCAUCAUUAACGAACGAGUCGUACGUCAUAGUCAAAAAAUUAACGAUGAAUGCGAAUUAACUAUAGCGCCCUCGGUGAAACCGUGCGUUCGCAAUUCGUUUCGCAUCGUAAGCGGCGACGAGAAGGAUCGAGAGAAUGAAUUAUUGAAAUACGGUCAACAAUUUCGUUUGGAAUGCGUGGAAACCGAAGAUGAUCCUUUAAUGUUAUUUAGUGCACCGAAAUCAUCCGGUCUAUCGACUAUGAUUCAUACAACUUUCGAUUCGCGUAAAUUCGGUGAAGUCAAUCUGCCCUUGGGCUUGUGUUAUAAAAGGAAUUGCGGCCCUGGUAAAGAGAUACCAAUGGCUUUCACAAAUUGGUAUUGUCAGCAUAUCGAUCCGCAUAAACGCUUCGAAACCGAUGGCACACCUUUGCCGAGUAAUAAACCUUUGGUUAUAACGCAUUUGGCCACCAACAGGAAUCUAGCUGCCGAAAAUGUUGUAAUACAAACACUGUUCGGACCGGAAUUCUUGGUUUCUGUACAAAAUUAUAAAAACGUUUAUAAACGUGAAACGUGGAAGAACAUUUGGAUGAUAAGUAAUGGUCAUCAAUUUAAAUGA